AUGCCUCUCUCAACAGGCUACACAUCGUCUCCGGACAAGCCAUCGCUCUUCAGCCGGCCGCUAUCUGACACCGAGACACCUUUCGUCUACGCCAUUACAGCGCCAAGGCCGUUCAUUCGCGAGCCGGUCCGCAUACACAUAUUUGCAGAUGUCGCAAUUCCUGAAUCACCGACUUCGGCAACUUCUGCUCUUCGCAUGGCCUGGAAAGCUCUGAGACUGCUUCAUGAGCCUGACAUCGCAACCACUUUUGAUCCCGCUACGAUGGAGAAGGUCUACGAGGUCGAGGACGAAGCGGGGGUGGAAUGUUGGCUCAAGCGUACUUUCAUGGUGGCCGCGCAAGGCGAGAGUGUUGAGGAAGUCGUACGCCGAGAGAAGUCGCGGACUGAGCACAUGCCGGUCUGCCAUGUUAUUCCCAAGCCGAGUUACGCCCCGGCUGCUGCUGAGCCGCCUACACUCAACGCAACAAUUCUUCUACUCUUCUCCCACUGGCGCACGGAAGCUUCAGGCGUUUACAUGCUUCUGAAUCGCUUGCUGUUACUGGCAGGUGACAUUUUAUCAUCCUCGCACAGCAAGACAACCCUCGCUUUGCAAUCACACACGCCCGGAGAUGAGAUAUCGCUCCUCACUCCACCACCUGAAGACAUGGCGUGCCCGGUACCAGACAAGUCCGUGAGCGAUAAUGAAGCGAUCAGACGCACCGUCCAUACCCGAUUCGAGUCUCAUAGGCUCAAACUGCCUAGCAUUGAAGUCCCAAGUACCAAUCCAGCAACACACCCUACCGGAUCUGUUCAAGUGCAUCGUGUUGUCUUCUCGCAAGCAGACACGUCCAAGGUCAUUGCAGCCUGCAAAGCGGCAAGCCCCAACGUCAGCGUCACCGCCACCUGUCUUGCCGCAUAUCUGCUUUCGAUCUGGCCACUGCUCCCCAAGAAUCGUGACUCGUGGUUUGCGAGUAUGAUGCCGGCGCAAAUGCGUACGAGGCUGUCAGCGGAAGGCACGGAGAUGUACAAGGCAAUGGGAUGCUGGAACGCUGCGCAAAUGCUGUUGCUGAGCAGCCCUCCACCCACCGCUGCGACUAGCUCUGGCAGCAAGCAGCUAACCUUCCUUGAGCGUACACGAGAGUUGCACGCACAAGCAGCAAUAGCAAAUCGUCCACAAUGGCUGCUGGAGAUGCGUGAGCUCUCCAAACAAUCAGCAGCUUUCUGGGCGAGUAUCCCAGCUGGGUCAGGCGCCGCGCCUUGGUUCACUUCAUUGGGUGAUCUUGAACGAGGGGGACUAUUACAGCAGACAUACGACAUCAGAAGUUGCGAAGCUCACGAAGCCACCCAGAUCAAAUUGGAACAGAUAUACGGCUGGGCAGAUCCCGUUGGCAUGGGCAUCGUCUUGACGGUUUGGACUUUUAGAGGCAAGAUGAAUUGGCAGAUUCAGUGGAAUGACGCCUAUCAUGAAAGGGCAAUUGUCGCCGGGAUUCUCAAUGCCAUGACAGACGAGAUUGCUAAAGGUCUGCCGAAUCUGCAGGAGGCCCUGGUGCCCAUCGAAGUGGUUGAGAAUUUAUACUAG